AUUACAGAAGAAGAAUGGGCAGUUUCAUUGAAAUUCUUUGUGCAGUUCUCAUACCUCCUGUUGGUGUAUUCCUCAGAUUUGGCUUGGGGUUGGAGUUUUGGCUCUCUUUGCUCCUAACGUUCUUUGGUUUUUUCCCUGGACUGAUAUAUGCUAUUUGGGUUCUUACCAAAUAGGAGCCAAAAUUUUUUUAUUUAAUUUUAUAUUUUCCUUCCUUUCAACCAAUGUAUCUCAGGUCUUUUUUAAUCGUCGUAUUAUGGAGUCAGUCAGUUGUUAUCUUUGAUAUCUUUGUAAUCUAACAAUAUUUGGUUGCUAAAUUAGUAAUGUAAAUUCAAGCAAUUCCUAGAAAUGUUAUGAUUAUAGUUCUUCAUUUUGUUGCGUGAUUGUGCUAUUAUGAACAAUAACUAAAUGUUAAGUUUAAUACAACAAAAAAAAAAACUAAAUGUUAUGAAACAAAAGUAAAACUUCAAGACGACACUCUUUGUGACACAGAAGGAGUAUAAUACAUAUCAUUCAUAUAAUGGACCAGAGUACAAUGCUUUUUAUUACAAUCCAAUAUAGAUUUCCCAUCAAAUUCAAUGCUUUUCCUCGCCAUUUCCUGCAUUCUUUUUAUUGUUCUCCUUCAUUGGGGGCUGUCUCUGCUUUCUCUUUCUCUUCUGUUUCUCUCUUCUUCUCUUCCACAUCGUCCUCGACCUUCCUCUUUGCUUCUUUCAACACUUGGAUUAAACGCUUCAAACAUGUCUCUGAUCCUUGAUAGAGUAACUUUGCUAUCCGCUGUAUUCUCAUCUUCAUUUUCCAUCAUCUUCUUCAGAAUGCUCUUCUCGUCUCCAUCUUCCUUUUCCUCUUCUUUUUUCCUUCUUUGUCCAGUGAGAUCAAGUGAACAAUCAAUAUCUUCAAUCACUAUAAUCGAUUUCGCCGAAGUGUCGAUUAAUAACCUCCUUAGCUGUGUAUUAUCCCUCACCGUUGUCAACUCAAGAUCAUAAACAUCAUAAUCCAAGAAAUUCGCCAUUGCAGCAAUCAUUGUUGAUUUCCCAGUCCCGGGUGGUCCAUAAAAAAGAUACCCUCGCUUCCAAGCUUUCCCAAUCUUCUUGUAGUACUCUUUGCUCUUUUACUGAACUUGACCAGAUCUCUUUUAAGCUCCUCCUUCUUCUUCUUAUACAUAGCUAGAGUAUCAAAUGUGGCGCGAUGGUCGAACGCAACAUGGUUUCAUUUUGUCUUGUUUCCGUUGUCCUCGCUUGAACUAUUUGAAUAAAUCUUCCUCUCCCUGUUCUUCAGCUUUAUUGACUUCCCCUCCCGAAAAACAUGGUUGAUAUACCUUUCUAGAAUUACUUCCCGGUCACGUCUAUGGAACCUGAGCAUGUAGUAUCGCUUCUCAUCGGCACCAGGGUAAAAUGAGAAAGGCUCCUUCCUGGUUUCCUCUUUAUUCGACUGCCACCAAACCUUGAUGCCCUCGAAAUCGUCAGUUAUCUCCUCAUAAUCAUCCAUGCUAAGCACAAGAGAUUUGCUUCCUUUAACAGUGUUGGCCUUAAGCCUCUUGGCCCGAGCAGAGGAGUCUUUGCUGAGAUAGUUCUGAAUAGCAUCGUAGGGCACGCUUCGCUUAAAGUUUUGUCCGGUGUAUUCAAAGAAUGUUACUUGGAUGUAAGGGUCGAAUAGAGUAGUGAGGCGUUGAAUGAAGGGCUGGAGGUUGUCUCCGAAGGUGGGGAAGUAUUGGUUGAAGAUUGUAUAUAUGAACAUAAGGGUUGCUAGUGCAGACCCUGUGUUAGUCCACAGCUCAGCCAUUGUUGCCAUUUAUUACUUUAGAGCUCUGUUUCAGGGUUUUGGAAGAGGUUUCUUGGGCUGUAAGGAAGGUUUCUGAUAUGUGUUUUGAGUUGAGAUGUUGAUUAAAGAUGGAAGUGUGGUUUGCGGUACACAAAAACUUAUAAACGAUACUUAUAUAUCAUUAAGGAUGGAUUAGAUUAUCAAUAAAUAUACUGGAGAAGCCUUAGUCAACAACAUCAUAUACUUAACGUGUGAGUACGCAUAUGUGACAUAACUUGGAAACAACGUAAUGACGAUAAUUAUUUAUGUGAAAGAAGAACAUAAGAAAGCAAAAAUCGAAAAGAGAGGGAAAUUGCCGAAUUAAAAACUAAAAAGAACUAUUCUUUAAAAUUCGACAACAUGUUUCGGAUAGAGAAAAUACUUCAAAUUUAAAAGAAUACUGCUUCACCAGUAGAGACGUGCCAAAAAGAAUCCAAGUGUAUUGCGUUUGUUUUAGUUCUUACGUGUAGUGGCAACCCUAAAGCAUCUAUGAACUAAAAUAAGUAUAUAUGGAGAAUCCAUAGCUAAAAUUGAAUAAUAAAAAGUUAACCAAAAUUAAUAAAGAAAUAAACAAAGAAUCAAACGUUUUGACAAAAAAAAAAAACAAAGAAUCAAGGGUUAAUUUGCCAAAUGGCUAAAAUCGCAAGUAAAAUUAAGUGGAUGACAUUGAUUUUGACGUAAUUGAGUUAAUAACAUUUAAGGUGAAAUUGAUCCGGUUAUACCCUUUAUUGCAACAAAUAAC